UCUCUCAGUUUUGAUCUAUUAUCAACUCCAUACUGUUUACUGUUCUGACACACAUCAGACCAUGCAACACCACAGCAUUGGAAGUGUCUGAAGUUUGUGCUCAAAACAAAAUAAUACCAAUGACAUGUGAGAAAUGUUUGCUCACUGCUCACAUUAACUGAACAGAGUUAGAUCUAAACUGUGACCAUGUUCACUUUAAGGAUUACUAUUCUUACAAUUAUUAUUCCUCUUAACUAUGAACAUUGUUUUUGUCGAUGUGCUCAUGCUGAAUAUGAGAUAAACAAGCAAUGCUGCCCCAUGUGUUCCCCUGGAAAUUGUGUUCUUUGGCACUGCACAGAUGAAAUCAGCACAACUUGUCUUCCAUGCCCUCCAUUAACUUUCACUGAUGAACCAAAUGGCCUCAUGAAAUGCUUUCCCUGUUCUGUAUGCAAUGCAAACCGAGGUUUAAGAUUGAAUAAAGCAUGUACUCAGUCAUCAGAUACUGUUUGUGGGCCACUGGAAAGAUUCUACUGCAUUGAAAAAAAGGAAAUCAGCUGCAUUUUUGCUGUGCAACACUCUGAAUGCAGCCCUGGACAAUAUAUCAAACAAUCAGGUACUGGCUCCACAGAUACUGUGUGUGCUGACUGCUCAGGUGACACAUAUUCAAACGGAUCUUUCUCAUCCUGUUUACCACACACAAAAUGUGAUGCCAUGGGACUUAUUGAAACAAAUCCAGGAACUGAAUCAUCUGACAGUGAAUGUGGAAAUCCCCCGACUGCUUCAACAGCCAUUGCUAUUAGUGUUAUAGUUACUUUAUUAAUAAUAAUUACAGGAAGUGUUUUUACAAUUAUACGUAUUCAGAAGAAGAAAACAUCUACCGGUAAUAUAUCAGACAGGAUAAAUGUUGAGCCAGACAGCUUGGAGGAACAAGCUAUAAGAAUCUGAACAACCCAGAAAUGACUGCAGUUUUCA